AUCCAAGGGCUGUCACUAGUGGCGGUUGGCCUCACGAUGUUACGGUGUUCCCUCAUUGUCGCAAAGCCGCGGGCAACCCGAGCGGGAGUCAGGUUUUCGGGCUUUGCAGUAUGGCGGCAUUGCCGGAGGAGCCGGGCGAAGGAGUAACAGUGAAGCCGGAUCCCGAUGCAGGAGCGGCGCCGCCGCCAGCGCCGCCGUCCGCCCUCCCGCAGUCCCCAGUAACGGCAGCCGUAGCGGCGGCUCUUCCUGCUCCUGCCCCCUCGGUGCCUUCUCUUCUCCCAGAAGGGGAGCCCUCGGCGGGAGGAGUGGACUCGAAGCCGCCGGUCGCUCCCAGUCCUGCCCCGGCCAAUUCCCAGCUGCCCACGGACCGUCAGACGCUGCUGGCCGUGUUGCAGUUCCUGAGGCGCAGCAACCUCCGCGAGUCUGAGGAGAUUCUCCGUCGAGAAGCCCGGCUCUUUGUCGAGGAGGGUGCGACCGAUCCUAACUCCUCAGCCCCCGGAGUCCAGGCGACCCAUGGCGCGGAAGGACAGGAGUCUGGCGUCGGGAUCGCGGCCCCCGGAGCUGGCGACGUCCUGCUCAGCUCGGUUGCUUUUGGACAGAGCGGGGCUACCAUCUCUCCGGCCGCGGUCACGGCUGCUCCCGCAGUGCCCCUGGGGGGUGCCGGGAAAGUUGGAGUCCUUGUGGAAGAUCAACCCGAUGUGAGUGCAGUAUUAUCUGCCUACAAUCAGCAGGGAGACCCAGCGCUCUACGAAGAGUACUACAGCGGACUGAAAAACUUUAUCGAAUGUGCUCUCGACUGCCAUCGAGCUGAGCUGUCGCAGCUUUUUUACCCCCUUUUUGUACACAUGUACUUGGAACUGGUUUACAAUGGACAUGAAAAUGAAGCAAAAUCCUUCUUUGAAAAGUUUCAUGGAGAUCAGGAGUGUUAUUAUCAAGAUGACUUACGUAUACUGUCCAGUUUGACCAAAAAAGAGCAUAUGAGAGGAAAUGAGACAAUGCUGGAUUUCAGAACGAGCAAGUUUGUGCUGCGUAUUUCCCGUGACUCUUACCAGCUCUUGAAGAGACACCUUCAGGAAAAACAGAACAAUCAAAUCUGGAACAUUGUUCAAGAACAUCUUUAUAUUGAUAUCUUUGAUGGAAUGCCUCGCAGUAAACAACAGAUAGAUGCUAUGGUCGGAAGUUUGGCAGGAGAGGCAAAACGGGAGGCUAAUAAAGCAAAGGUCUUUUUUGGGUUACUGAAAGAACCAGAAAUUGAGUUGCCUUUAGAUGAUGAAGAUGAAGAGGGUGAGAAUGAGGAGGGCAAGCCAAAGAAGAAGAAGCCAAGGAAAGACAGUGCAGGAUCAAAAAGCAAAAAGCAAGAUCCAAAUGCUCCUCCUCAGAAUAGGAUCCCACUUCCUGAGCUAAAAGACUCCGAUAAGCAGGAUAAAAUAAUGAAUAUGAAGGAAGCCACUAAGCGUGUACGUCUUGGUCCAGACUGCUUGCCUUCCAUUUGUUUCUACACAUUCCUUAAUGCUUAUCAGGGACUUACAGCAGUGGAUAUUACAGAUGAUUCAAGCAUGAUUGUUGGAGGCUUUGCAGACUCCACAGUCAGAGUAUGGACUGUGACACCCAAAAAGCUACGAAGUGUGAAAUCAGCAACAGAUCUCAGUCUCAUAGAUAAAGAAUCAGAUGAUGUUUUAGAAAGGAUUAUGGAUGAGAAAACAGCAAGUGAGAUGAAGAUUUUAUAUGGUCACGGUGGACCUGUCUAUGGUACCAGCUUCAGCCCUGAUAGGAAUUAUUUGCUAUCUUCUUCAGAGGAUGGCACUAUCAGAUUGUGGAGUCUGUUAACUUUUUCUUGUCUGGUGGGCUACAAAGGACACAACUACCCUGUGUGGGACACACAAUUCUCUCCCUAUGGAUAUUACUUUGUAUCAGGUGGUCACGACAGAGUGGCUCGAUUAUGGGCUACUGAUCACUAUCAGCCUUUGAGGAUCUUUGCUGGCCAUCUUGCUGAUGUCACAUGCACGCGGUUUCACCCAAACUCCAACUAUGUAGCAACAGGCUCUGCAGACAGAACUGUGCGGCUUUGGGAUGUCCUGAAUGGGAAUUGUGUAAGAAUAUUCACAGGACAUAAGGGACCUGUUCAUUCAUUAGCAUUUUCUCCAAAUGGAAGAUUCUUGGCAUCUGGUGCAACAGAUGGAAGAGUGCUUUUAUGGGAUAUUGGCCAUGGCUUGAUGGUAGGGGAAUUAAAAGGACAUACAGACACCAUCUAUGCACUCAGAUUCAGUAGAGACGGAGAAAUCUUAGCUUCAGGUUCAAUGGAUAACACAGUGAAGCUGUGGGAUGCUGUGAAAGCCUUUGAGGAUUUAGAAACAGAUGAUUUCACCACUGCCACUGGACACAUAAAUCUACCUGAAAGUUCUCAGGACUUACUGUUGGGCACAUAUAUGACCAAAUCAACUCCCGUCAUACAUCUCCAUUUUACUCGCAGAAAUUUGCUUCUUGCUGCUGGGGCAUAUGGUCCUCAGUGAGCUACAAAACUAUGAAUAUUUGAUUCUGCAAGUUCUGCGAAGGUCUUAUUAAAACUUGACUUAGUGAAGAUGACGGAAGGUACUGUACUAAUGAAGUAAACUUGUCUGCUGGAAAAAAGAUUCUACUCUAUGAUCUAAGCAACAUGUUCAAUAACUUUGAUUUUAGCUCCCAGUUACCCAUUAAAAUACUGAUGUGAUGAACUUAAGGGAACAAAGUUAGAAGUAUAAUAUGGGAAUAUAUACCUUUAACUGGUGUUAAAAAAAAUCACAUGGCACUGCAAAAAAACCCAUCAUACACCUCAAUUUUUAUGCCAGUUGCAUAAAAAUAAGGCUUAGUGUAUGUUGUUCAAGCAAUUCUUUAAAAGCACUUAACUAAUACAUGGAACUCAUUUUACUAGGAGUUGCUGCAAAAAUUCUAGAAUAGUGGGAUUAUUCCUUCAAAGGGGAAGAUCACAAAUUGAAACAGGUUGAAGAUUGCUGAAAUGUAAUUGUGUGACAUUUUAAGAUACUGUACUUUUAUGAAUAUUUUUGGAACUUUUCCAGCUGAGAAGUUGCAGAAUUCCCUAAUGAUUCUGCGUACUUGUUGGUCUAAACAGAAUAGAAAAGUAGCCCACAAUUCCCUAAACAUUUUGAUUUUUUCCAGUGUUACCCAGAAAACAAGUACCCUUCCAACCUUUUCCAUAACAGCAAAGCCAUUAACUCUUGAUUUCAGUGAAACAUUUGUCACAACUGCAUACUGUUGAAAUCUAGCUGAAAACUAAUGUAAAAAUAUAAUGCCAUGGUUUUUCAUUUUGUACAGUUUUAUACUUUUGAUAUUUUAUAAUAAAAAUUAAUUGUACUUACUACUUA